CAUUUUCAAGAAAUAAUGUUUAUAAUUUAAUUUUGGUCUAAUGUGAUUACAAAAAAAAGAAUAUAAAGAAAAAAAAUAAUAAUUAAAAGUUAUCAAAAGAAUCUAUAAAUUAAAUAGGAUAAAGAUCUUUUAAAAAUGAUUUAAGAUAUAGAAUAAGCGUCCAGUGGAGCGUUAUUAACAGAAAAAAGUGCACAAGCACCUCCUCCUAGCAAGGGGAAAAAGAAAAACAAUUAACAUGAUGAGGAUUUUUAGGAAGUUAUAAAAAUUGUAGUUGAGCAGAUCACAGAAAUCAACAGACGUGCUAAAGAAGAUAGAAAGAAUAAUAAGAAGUCCACCAGAACUAAGUUAAAACCAUAAGGCGCUAACAACGAAAAGCAAAAUACAAGCAACGCCAAUCCUGAAAAUCUUUCAUAAUUUAAUAAUGAAUCUAAUGGCAAUGUUCUUGUAAAAAAAAGAAAAGUUGAAGAUCAAGGUGAAAGCGAUUUGUCAGAUGAAAAAAAACCUGAAGGAAAGAACAAUUCAUUAUAUAGAUUCAACAACGAUUAGAGCUUUUAGUUCAUGGAGUAGCAAAAUUUUGCAUAACAAAAAUAAUAAAUUAAGAACAAUGAAAUUGGAAAUUUAGCAGCACCAUUAAUUUAAGCAGCAAAUAAUACCAGUCAAUCAGCUAAUUAAAUCUUAGGUGCUCUUAAUUUGGGUAAUAUAGGUAAUGUGGGCAAUUUAGCUAGCCUUAUUGAUGAUUUUUAUAGAAAUUAGAGAAACAAUCCUUCAAUGAGCACUAAUUAGUUGAUUUAAUUACUCUUAAAUCCUUUGCAAUAAGCUAAUGCUAAUGGGAUUGACUCGAAUUAGUUAAAGCACUUAUUACAGACCACCAGUUAGCUUUCCUUACUCCAAAAAUUAACAUAAAAUAACCCUGCUCUUUAAUAUUUGCAAAAUGCUUCUACUUAAGGAAGCUAGCAAUAAUAGUAAUUAAUAAGGUUACUUUUAUAACAUCAUUAGUAGUUAAAUUAGCCUUAAUAAUAGCCAGCAGUCUCAUAGUAACAGUCUUAAUUACAGUAAUUGUAGCAAAGCUUAUUAUAGUAAUAAGCUGCCCAAGCCAACCAACCAAGUUAAUAAAAUAAUAGUAGAUUCUAGCUCCCAUCAUAUUAAAAUAAACACAAGGAUGCACCAUUUAGUAGAGCUUCUACACACAUAGCCAUAGCUUAUCACAUUCAUAUGAAAAAAUAAAAUAACUCAAGCUUGUCUGAUAAAAAUUUAUUAGAUCCUACCUAUAAUGCUAGAAAGCUUAGAGAAGGCAAAAGGGAUAACGAACCAACUGUACCUUCGUAAUAGUAAUAGUAGCAAUAAUAGCCAUAGCAAUAAUAGCUUCCACCACCACCAUAAUAAUAAUAAUAAUAAUAAUAAUAGUAACAAUAAUUUUAACAACCCUAAAAUUAGAUAUCUCAAUUAACAUAAAAUUAGAUUUAACAAAACCUCUUUUAGCAAUAAAAUAUCUAAAAUCAAUAAUAACAAAGAAAUAUGAUGAUGCAAUAAGCAUAAAAUCCUUCAAUUUUAUGGAAUCAAUAGUAAUAAUAGCAACUUUAACAGCAAUAAUAGCAACAUCAAUAACAAUCGUAGUAACAAAGAUAAAUAAAUUCUAAUUAAGUUUUAUAAGUUUUUCAAAAUAUAAUGAGUUAAGGAGGUAUGUAAUAGAUUAUGAAUUAACCUCAAUUCUAGACCAUAUUUUAAUCUCCACAAUUUUAGUCAAUUAUAAACUAGUUUAUGAAUAAACAACAGCAAUAAAAUCAGCCUGCUUAACAGUAACAGAUGAAUAUAAACUAAUAAUUAAAUUUUAGCAAUUAUCUUUAGCCUUAAUAGUCAUCUAACUAACAACCAGCUCAAUAAUAAGCUCAACAAUACUAAUAACCACCAUAGGCAAAACCUAAAAAAGGAAAAGGAGCUAAAAAAGCUAUUGAAAUCAAAGAAGACGAUGAGUCAAAAGUAUCUUAAAAAGAAACUUAAAAAUAAUCUAGAGCUUUGUAAAAAGAGUAAAGAGAGUAAAGUUCCAAUCAACAAGAAUCACAGAUAUAAGCAACUGAGCAUACUUAAGAUGAUCUUUCAUCUUCUUAACAAACGAGCAAUGUUUCAAGAUAAAAGAAUCAAUCAAAGUAAGCCUAAUAAUAAAAUUAAUAAUAGAUUGUUUCUUAAUAAAGCAAUUAAGAAUAAAAAUCAUAAUCACACAGCCAAAUUUCUUAAUAAAAUUUAGCUAGUGAAAAAGAAAUUUCACAUGUAGAGCAAGAAGAAUCUCCAGCAUAAAAAAAGCAAUCUGUUUAAUCAAAUGAAACCAAGAAAAAAGAUUAAAAAUAAGAACUAUAAUAAAAGGAAUAGGCUAAAUAAAGUCCUGUAGAAUAGUAGAAAAAAUCUGAUUCAGAAUAGAAACAAAAUCAACAGGAAGCAAUAGUCCUAAACGAUUCAAAAGAGCAAUAACCUGAGUAGGCUAAUAACACUGUUCAGUAAGAAGAAAAAAUAGAAGAAGAAAUUUCUUCUAAAGAAAAUGCUGAUUAACCUAAAAAUGAAAAUGAAGCUUUAGAAGAUAAAGUUGAAGAAUAAAAUGAAGGAAUUGAAGAAAAAAUAGAAGAAGAAGAAUAAUAAUAAUAACAACAACAACAACAUAAUGAUAAAAUUAAAGAUUAAUAAAAAGCUUCUCAAAUAGAAGAAGAGGAAGAAGAAGAAUAGUUAGAGAUAAUUAGUGAGGAAAAAUAAUAAAAGAGCACCUCUUAAAAUGAUAAAAAUGUAGAAUAAAUUGAAGUUGAAUAGGAAAAAGAAAAAGCAAGUUAAGAAGUGCCCCCAGCUUAAGGAAGCGAACAUUAAAAACAUGAAGAAAAGGAAUAAUAAAACAAUAAUGUGAGGGAAAAGAAUGCUUCAAGCGAAUAGCCUAAGAAACAAGACUAAUAAAAACAAGAUGAAAAGUAAAACUCAGCUGAAUCUAAAUAAAACCAAAAUGAUCAAUCCGAUAAAAAGAAAUCUACUCCUGUAAAGAAAUCUAGUGAAGAAGUGGAUCAGAAGGAUGAAAACCUAUCGAAAAAACCAUCAAGGGAUAGCGAUAAAUAAGAAAAACCAAAAGAUCAAGAUAGACAAAGAGACUCUAGAGACUCUGAAAGAUCAAAUAAAGAUGGAGAAAAAUAUUCAUCAAGCAGAGAUAGAUAAAAAAAUGACCAUGAAUCUGAUUAACAACAAUCAUCAGGCAAGCAAAGAUCUAAUAGCAAUAACUCUUAGUAUUCUUCAAGAAAAGAGAGUGCUGAUAAAUCUUCUCAACAUCAUUAGGAAUCUUCUGGUUAAUAAAAUAGAUCUUCAUCUAAAGAUCAUCAUCACUAUUACUCAUCUAAUAAUCAUCACUCAGGUCACUCAAGCUCUUCUUAUCACCAUCAUCACGAUAAUUAACAUAAAUAAAAAAAUUAUCAUGACUCUAAGUAUUACUAAGAAAAAGAGAAAUCUAAGCCAACUAAGUAAUCAAAAGACAGUGAUAAUAAUAACGAUAAAGAAGAAGGAGAGAUCUCAGAUUGA